AGAAGGGCCCCGGUAAGCCACUUAAUUAAGCAUUCCACAAUAUGCUGACACGUGGAUGGCUGAUGUGGCAGGCGUAGCUGUAAAGGCAGAGAGCUCUCUUUUGUCCACCCCGAAGGUGGAAAGCACCCCCAUCUUGGUCGAGACCACCGCCAACGAAGUUAUACAGCCGGGGUCCGACCUUCGCCUCUUCGCGCUGAUUGUCACCAUCGACUCCUACAAGAACGAAAACAUCCCCGACUUGUCCGGAUGUGUCAAUGAUGGAAAGGACUUUCAGUACUUCCUAACCGAUGCACUCCGUGUCCCGCCCUCCAGGAUCCUUUCCUUGUCGAACCAGGACGCAACUCGCUCUGCGAUCCUCAACGCGUUUAUGGACCACCUCAUACAGAACGAUAACAUUCGCAAGGGUGAUGCGAUUGUCUUCUUCUAUGCUGGUCACGGUUCUCGCGUUGAGGCUCCCACCAAUUGGCUUGCGGACGGUAACAUGAUCGAAACGAUCGUUCCUCACGACGAGGGCCCAAGCGACGUUGAAGGCGAGGUUAUCUACGGCAUCCCCGACCGCACCUUUGACGGGCUAAUGCGACAGUUGGCCCAUGAGAAAGGAGACAACAUUACUGCGAUCUUCGACUCGUGCCAUUCCGGCGGUAUGUCGCGAGGCCCACUCGACAUGAUACCUCGUGCAGUCCCUCCCAACGUUUCGCCUUCUCCUGUUCCUCCCGCACUAGACGAGAAUAUUUGGAGAUGGGGGCUGUCGACACGCUCUGCGAGCACGAUGGCGCCGACAGGCUUCCUCUAUAAAGCUAUGCAGUCCCACGUUCUCAUGGCCGCGUGUCGCCCGGAUGAGCAGGCUCUUGAAGCGUCACGGGUACCCGAACCGCAUGGAGCUUUUACGCUCAAUUUGUUGAAAACGCUACGCUCACAAAAUCUCGCCGAGUUAACGUAUGCACGCCUCAUCGAGCUCGUGCAGCUGCGGCACCAGCAUCCUCAAUGCGAGGGGAUCAACAAGGACAGGGUCCUCUUCAAUGCUACGAAGCUCCUCGACAGGUCACGCUCCUUCCGGGUCACGAAACAGAAACUUGACGGAGCGUUGUCCAUUCAAGCGGGUAGCAUUCAUGGUGUUGUGGAAGGCACAGAAUUCGUCGUGGAGACCAGCUACGGCACGUCGAUCGACACCGUCCAGAAUGUUGUCUUUACUGCCACGCACGUCGAGGCUCUGCAAUCCAUUCUUGUAUGCAAACCGCCGGCCACGCUUCCUGAAGCGCUGCGCGACUUCAGGGUGGUUGUAUCCAAGUGGAACUCCUCUACGAUGAAAGCGCGCUUUCACUAUCCCGUAGGCAGUCAUUGCUCCGUGGUUGGACCGAACGACUACAGUGACGUUGCUGUCCAUCUGGGCACCGGGAUUGGUUGGCAGCUGGAACGCUGUGACCCGCUCGUAGCAAGGCACGCCAGUCGUGUACUGAACAUCCCUCGUGGGGAUGUCUCGGAAACAUUGGACGCCGUCGCUCGUUUCAACUUCUACUUGUAUCGACAUCAUCCACAAGCGCCUUUCAAGCGCGAACUCGCCAUAGAACUUCGCAAAUUAGAAGUUGUCCCGGGAUCCGGCCUUCGACCCCUGUUACAACCCAUAGGCGACAACUACUUCAGCUCUCUCGCAGAAAAGGUCGUAUGCGCGCAAGAUUCGUCUUUCAACGUAGACUCCGUACAAGAAGCCAUCAUCACGGACAUGGAACCCUACUAUGGCCUCACACUGGUCAACGACACGGAGCACGAUCUCUUUCCGUACGUGUUCUACUUCGAUCCGAAUGACUACAGUGUUCAGUCUUGGUAUUUGCCACACUCGCCGAGCAUGACGCCGCCUCUUCUUCAGAAGGGGAGGCUCGCUAUUGGCUACGGGGCGUCUGGAACGGACAGCUUGCGUUUCUCUCUGCCGUCGGGGUCCAAGGUCGAUACGGGCUUCCUGAAGGUUUUUGUGUCGACGUCGUACGCGGACAUGCGAAGUGUGCCACAACCAUCAGUGCUCGACAGGAGUUCGCGCAGCUCGCAGCAGAACCGGAAAGACCCCGCCUUCACAGAUACCUGGGAUGAAUUCAUCUGCGUUCUGACUUGUAAAGCAUCGUCUCCAUGAGCUACGUCGCACAGCAUCUUCUCUGUACUGAGUGGGUGUGAGGUUCUAAUUUGACUCUUCAGCAAUCUUGCUACAGCUUGUCAGUGCGGCACGAUUGCACGUCUGAAACUAUGUAUUCCCGAUUGGACCUUCA